AUGGACUCUAUCAAGUUCGGAGGGUUCUACUCUAGCACUGAGAAGCAGAACCCUGAGCAGCAGCCUAGUACCUGUGAAAACAUUUCUUCAUCGUUCUGUUCAAAAGAGGAACAGAAAAUGAGUGAUUAUUCAGGACUUGCAAAUAACCAUAGCCAGAUGAUUGCUGAAGAUUCAGAAAUUCAGACAAAGCCUGAACACUCUCAUGAAGUUCUUCAGGAAGACAUUGAAAUGAGCAGUGGAUCCAGUGGAAAUGACUUCAGUGGAAAUGACACAAAUGAAAACUACUCAAGUGGGCAGGAUUCUCAUGGCCAUGAAUCUGAUGAAAAUGGCAAAGAUUCAGCAAUGCUCAUGGAAUCUUCAGACUGUCAGAAAAGCUCAAGCUCAAAUGCAUUUAGUCUGAUAAUUGCAAACUCUGAACAUAAUCAAUCUAGCAGUGGAUGCAGUAGUGAACAGUCCACUAAAGCCAAAACACAAAAGGAAUUGCUGAAAACAUUACAAGAGCUGAAAGCUCACCUUCCUUCUGAAAAGAGAAUUAAAGGCAAAUCUAGUGUCCUAACAACGUUGAAAUAUGCCCUGAAAAGCAUUAAGCAAGUUAAAGCUAAUGAAGAGUAUUACCAAUUGUUGAUGAUUAAUGAAUCCCAGCCUGCUGGACUCAAUGUGUCAUCUUACACGGUGGAAGAAGUUGAAACUAUAACCUCAGAACACAUCAUGAAAAAUGCAGAUAUGUUUGCUGUUGCUGUUUCCUUGAUUACUGGGAAAAUUUUGUACAUCUCUGAUCAAGCUGCUUCUAUUCUCCGCUGUAAGAGGGGUUGUUUUAAAAAUGCCAAAUUUGUGGAAUUCUUGGCACCUCAGGAUGUCAGUGUGUUCUAUACUUCUACUACCCCAUACAGAUUACCCUCGUGGAAUAUUUGCAACAGAGCUGAGUCUUCCACCCAGGACUGCAUGGAAGAGAAAUCUUUUUUUUGUCGCAUCAGUGCAGGGAAGGAGCGUGAAAAUGAGAUUUGCUAUCUCCCAUUUCGGAUGACUCCUUACCUGAUCAAAGUGCAAGACCCAGAAAUAGCAGAGGACCAGCUGUGCUGUGUGUUGCUCGCAGAAAAAGUACAUUCUGGUUAUGAAGCACCCAGAAUUCCUCCUGACAAAAGAAUUUUUACAACUACUCACACACCAACCUGUUUGUUUCAGGAUGUAGAUGAAAGAGCAGUACCUCUGUUGGGAUACCUACCUCAAGACUUAAUAGGAACACCAGUCUUGGUGCAUCUUCACCCAAGUGACAGACCCUUAAUGCUAGCAAUUCACAAAAAAAUACUCCAGUACGGAGGGCAGCCUUUUGACUAUUCACCAAUCAGGUUUUGCACUAGGAAUGGAGAUUAUAUCACCAUGGACACGAGCUGGUCCAGUUUCAUCAACCCUUGGAGUCGGAAAGUUUCAUUUAUUAUUGGACGACACAAAGUUAGGACGGGUCCCUUAAAUGAAGAUGUCUUUGCUGCUCCCAACUAUACAGAGGAUAGAAUCCUUCAUCCCAGCGUUCAGGAAAUCACUGAGCAAAUAUACCGGCUAUUAUUGCAGCCUGUACACAACAGUGGAUCCAGUGGCUAUGGAAGUCUUGGUAGCAAUGGUUCCCAUGAGCACUUAAUGAGCGUGGCAUCUUCCAGUGACAGCACAGGAAAUAAUAAUGAAGAUACUCAUAAGGAUAAACCAGUUAGACAAGAUGCCCGUAAGGUCAAAAAUAAAGGACAGCGUAUUUUCACUGACAAUAAAGCAAAACUGGAAUGUAAGAGAGAGUCUUUUGCAGGAAAACAAAAUGGUGGUCAGGUGAAAGAUGCAGUUGGAAAGGAUACUGCACUAACAGCUGCUCCUAAAAAUGUGACUACAGAAGAGUUAGCUUGGAAAGAACAAACUGUAUAUUCAUAUCAACAGAUUAGCUGUUUGGACAGUGUCAUCAGGUACUUGGAGAGUUGUAAUGUGCCUGGUACAGCAAAAAGGAAGUGUGAACAUUCAUCAAGUGUUGCAUCACUGACUUCUGGAGUUCAUGAACAAAAAACAGCUGAUAAUGCUAUACAGCCCUUGGGAGAUACUGCUGUGUUGAAGGCAUCUGGUAAACCAAAUGGUCCUCCAGUGGUUGGUGCCCACUUAACAUCUUUGGCUCUACCUGGCAAGCCUGAAAGUGUUGUUUCUCUCACGAGUCAGUGCAGCUACAGUAGCACCAUUGUUCAUGUUGGAGACAAAAAAACACAACCUGAACUAGAAAUGAUAGAAGAUGGUCCAAGUGGAGCAGAACUCUUAGAUGGCCAAAUUCUCACCCCUCCAUCCAGCUCUUCACAUGUAAAUCAAGAAAAGGAGCCAUUUAAAAAACUGGGACUUACAAAGGAAGUCCUUGCAGUGCAUACACAAAAAGAGGAGCAGAGCUUUUUGAAUAAGUUUAAAGAAAUCAAGAGAUUUAAUAUUUUUCAGUCUCACUGCAAUUACUACUUACAAGAUAAACCAAAAGGACGGCCUGGUGAACGUGGUGGUCGUGGACAAAGAAAUGGCACUUCUGGAGUGGAUCAGCCUUGGAAGAAAAGUGGAAAGAACAGGAAGUCAAAGCGCAUUAAACCACAGGAGUCUUCAGACAGUACAACUUCUGGAGCUAAAUUCCCUCACCGGGUCCCCCUUCAAGGUUUAAACACUACUGCUUGGUCACCCUCGGAGACUUCACAAGCGAGUUAUUCAGCCGUGUCUUUUCCCACUGUUAUGCCUGCAUAUCCACUUCCUGUUUUUCCAGAAGCGGGGACUGUGCCACCAGCUCCUGAGACUUCACUCUCUGGUUUUAAUCAGUUGCCAGACUCUGGAAAUACUUGCCCUGUGCAACCAUCCCAGUUCCCUGCACCCCUCAUGACACCUGUCGUAGCUCUUGUGCUCCCCAACUUUGUCUACCCAGAGAUGAACAGUAACUUACCUCAAACGCUUUACCACAGCCAACCCAACUUCCCGGCCCAUUCUACUUUCCCUUCACAGACAAUAUUUCCAACACAGCCCCCCUUUGCUACCCCCAGCCCUUUCCCACAACAGGCGUUUUUUCCGACACAGCCAUUCCAUUAUAAUCCACCAGCAGAGAGUGAAAAGAUUCCUGUCACAGAGCCACGAAAUGAGCCGUCCCGUUCCUGCAGUCCUCAGUCAGUGGGUCCUCGAGACCAGGCUUCACCACCUCUGUUCCAGUCGAGGUGCAGUUCUCCUCUGAAUCUUCUGCAGUUAGAAGAAACAACAAAAACCGCUGAGAGUGGAGCUCCUGCGGCUGUACAUGGAGCUUUAAGUGAGGAAGGAGCCAUAGGCAAAAUCAUGACAACUGGUAACUGUACUGGAAAGGGAUCCUUACCAGCUGAAUCUCCAAUGGACGCUCAGAACAGCGACGCUCUCUCCAUGUCUAGUGUCCUGCUGGACAUUUUACUUCAAGAAGACGCGUGUUCGGGCACAGGCUCAGCCUCCUCUGGGAGCGGUGUGUCCGCUGCCGCCGAGUCCCUGGGCUCGGGAUCCAAUGGCUGUGGCAUGUCAGGGAGCAGAACAGGUAGUAGUGAAACUAGUCAUACCAGCAAAUACUUUGGAAGUAUUGAUUCCUCAGAAAAUCAUCAUAAAACUAAAAUGAAGGCAGAAAUGGAAGAAAGUGAGCACUUCAUUAAAUAUGUCCUUCAGGAUCCUAUAUGGCUUUUGAUGGCAAACACAGAUGACACUGUUAUGAUGACUUACCAGAUACCUUCACGUGAUUUGGAAACAGUUUUAAAAGAAGAUAAGCAGAAAUUAAAGCAAAUGCAGAAACUACAGCCAAAAUUUACAGAAGAACAAAAGAGAGAGCUUAUUGAAGUUCAUCCAUGGAUCCAGCAAGGUGGACUGCCAAAAACUGUUGCUACUUCAGAAUGUAUUUUUUGUGAAGACAAUAUACAGAGCAAUUUUUAUACAUCGUAUGAUGAAGAAAUCCAUGAAAUGGACCUUAAUGAAAUGAUUGAAGACAGUGGGGAAAACAACUUGGUUUCCCUGAGUCAAGUCAGUGAAGAACAAACAUAG